CAGACGGCGACACGCCGCGACAAAAUAAAAUAGCCGACAAUCCCAGAACCCGUGUUACCUCCGCGAUCUUUUGAGAGACCAAAAUGAAGGCGAGACGCGCGUUACAUUUUGUCUUCAAAGUCGGCGACCGAGCUCAGACCAUCCGUUUUUAUCGAGAGCUACUGGGCAUGCGCAUCCUGAGGCAUGAAGAAUUUGAAGAAGGUUGCAAGGCCACCUGCAACGGUCCCUAUGAUGGCAAAUGGAGUAAAACUAUGGUGGGCUACGGACCGGAGGACGGCCACUUCGUCGCAGAGCUAACUUACAACUACGGUGUUGGGAAUUACCACCUUGGCAAUGAUUUCCUGGGGAUGACCGUUACCUCGAGCCAGGCUGUGAAAAAUGCCAGAAAAUUGCAGUGGCCGCUGAAAGAGGCCUCAGCAGGCACUUAUGAAUCAGAAGCCCCAGGAGGAUAUAAGUUCUUUCUGGAAGACAAAGAACGAGCCCAAGAAGAUCCGGUGUUGAAGGUAACCCUGGCUGUAUCCAACCUGUCGAAAUCGGUGGACUACUGGUCCAAAUUGCUGGGCAUGAAAGUGUAUGAGAAGGACGAAGGCAAGAAGAAAGUUUUGCUCGGUUAUGCCGAUAAUCAGUGUAAACUCGAGCUGCAAAGCAUCGGCCAGGAUGUGGAUCACGGCACAGCCUUCGGACGAAUCGCUUUCUCUUGCCCGAAGGAAGAGUUGCCGGUUAUUGAAGCCUUAAUGAAAAAGGAGAACCAGAAAAUUUUGACGCCUCUUGUGAGCCUGGACACACCGGGGAAAGCAACGGUGCAAGUCGUCAUUUUGGCCGAUCCUGAUGGCCACGAAAUUUGCUUCGUCGGGGACGAGGCCUUCAGGGAGCUCUCCAAGGUGGACCCGAACGGCGAGAAGCUCUUGGACGAGGCAAUGGCGGCCGAUAAGAGCCACGAGUGGUUUGCCAAACAUAACCGUCCGAAGCCUUCGGCGUAACCCACCUACGAUUCCCUUCUGAGCCUGGCAAACCGGAAGCUUAAAUUCCACCUCUACGGUAUUGCCAGAUAUUUUUCCUUUUUCUUAAGUUUCUUUUCCCCGCCUCUUCCGGUUCCUUGCAGGGUUUCGCGGUGAGGGUCAUUGUGUCAUUGUGUGUUCCAGUCAAUGCAACCCAGAGCUUCCCGCCAGACCCAGUUGUGACGGGCGUUGUCUUGUUGUUUUGCACAAUUACUUUUUCUCAUUCCGCUGAAAAAUGCAUCCGUUGAACUAUGGCUGGGAAAUUACUCGGAAGGGAUUGCAAGGAAGAUCUCGAGCUGUCCAGGCCUGCUGGCUAAAAUGGAGAUUUUUGUGUGUGUGUGUAUGUGUUUUUUUCCCAAACCUUCAAUUUAAUUCUAGCAAAUUGGCAUUCCUCUCCGUUUAACGUGGCACGAAUUUUGAGUGGAUAGAUCGACAGUGCCAGAUUUUGGCGCAGAGAUUCCAUGUGCUGUACUUUCAGCCCGGUAAGAUACUGAUUGCAACUGCCAUUAAGACUUUUUUUGACCCAAAUUUGCUUGCCCCUUUGGCUUUUUUCUCUUCCCUUCCGCCCCAAGCAUUAAGUGCAUAUUCCAUCCGACUCAAGAUUUAUGAACCGUAGAGGCAGCGCCAAGAAGUCACAAACCUGGUUUACAGGCCAAUUGCGGAGAAAAAAAAACCGAUGUUGAGAAUUAACAUCGGCCUGCAAAAUCUCGAAUGUGAGAUCUGUGGAAUUUAAAAGACAACUUAUGAAAAGUG